GAACACAACCCCAUACAAAGGGGGAAACACAAAGAGCACAAGGGAGAAGGAAGACAUUUAACUCAAAAGUCUAUUUUCUAAUCAACAUGUUGCAUCUGCAAGCAUUCUAUCUAACAUUAUUGUUAACAACACUUUGCUAUUGCUACCCAGUUUCAGUGUUCUUGGAGGCUGAUGUAGCCCAUGAGGUUCUCCAGCGCAGUCGGAGGGCCAACUCAGGCUGGUUUGAGGAGUUAAAGAUGGGAGACCUGGAGAGGGAAUGUCUAGAGGAGCUGUGCUCCUAUGAGGAGGCGCGGGAGGUGUUUGAGCACACUGAAACUACGAAUGAAUUUUGGCAUAAAUAUAAUGUUGUAGAUCACUGCCUAUCCAGUCCCUGUGCCAACGAUGGGAGCUGCACAACCCGUCUGGAGUCCUACACCUGCCUUUGCCUCCCUGGAUUCAGUGGGCGAAACUGUGAGCAAGAAUACAAAGCCAUCCCUGAGACCUGUCUUUAUGAUAAUGGUGGAUGUGAGCAUUUCUGUCAGGAGAAGGAGGGUCAACGCUAUUGUUCAUGUGCCGAUGGUUACUUCUUAGGAGCUAAUGGAGAGAAAUGUUUCACUCAGGAGGACAUCCCGUGUGGUAAGGCUCCUCUGGACCCUUCUGUGAGUCUCGGUGGAUCGUUGGAUCCUCGGGCUAGGAUUGUGGGAGGGUCUGUAUGCCCUAAAGGUCACUGUCCAUGGCAGGUCCUGCUGGUAUAUGGACAGAGGGCUUUCUGUGGGGGAGUAAUAUAUACGCCCACCUGGAUCUUGACUGCUGCACACUGUUUGGAGAACCUACAAUUGAAACACCUGAAAAUAAUUGCAGGCGAACAUGAUCGUGAUGUGGAUGAAGGCACGGAGCAGACCAUCAUGGUGAAGCAGAUGAUUUCACAUCCCAAUUAUGUGCCCGUGACAGCAGAUAAUGACAUCGCCCUCCUGCGUCUCCAUCAUCCUAUUGUGCUCACCUCUCACGCUGUACCUGUUUGCCUACCAACACGUGCCCUUGCGGAACGUGAGCUCUGGGCCAUCCACUUCCACACAGUUAGUGGAUGGGGACGCCGCAGUGAAGGUGGACCUACGUCCACUAUCCUCAGACGACUGAAGGUGCCACGUAUCCGAACACAGGAAUGUGUCGAGAACAGCAAUGUGUCACUCACUUUGAAUAUGUUUUGUGCUGGAUACAUUGAGGGCCAAGAGGACUCGUGCAAAGGGGACAGUGGCGGUCCUCUGGUCACUCAUUAUCGUAACACAACAUUUCUAUUGGGAAUUGUGAGCUGGGGAAAGGGUUGUGCUCGACCAGGGAAUUAUGGUAUUUACACUCGGGUGUCUAACUACCUUGAGUGGGUGCAGGAGCACACAUCUGUACUGGGAUUCAAUACAACAAUGAAAUAAACAGAAUGUUUAUAUUGGUCAUGCACAACCAGUAAAGCAUUUAGCUAUAUAUGUUACUGUACUGUACUUUCAAGUAAUUUUUUUUGUAUUUAAUGUUAUGUGUAACAUUCAGUGGUUUACUUGACAAACAUGCCGAAUAUAAAGAAAAUACAGAACACAAAAUAAUAAAAAUAAAUAAACAAUGUCUUCAGUCCUAUUGUGAGUGUUAGCAGACGUUAGCAUUACAAGAGAAUGUUCCUGAAUGUAGAAUAUUCCUGAACUUCCACAAAUACACUACCAUGUACAAACCAACUAUGUUAGAAUUGAUAAUCUAACACCCAAUAAUGUAACAAAUGGUUCCAGAUGUAA